AUGGCAGAAAAAAUACUACAAGAUAUAGCUGAACUAAACAAGCGUCUUACAAUAGCGCAAAUCAAUAAAAACACGGAAGAGAAAGCAGAAGCCUACUACAAUCUAGGCAGAGCUUAUUACUUCCUCGAUAACUUCCAUGGAGCAAUAGAGUACUUCAAGCAAUACUUGAGCAUUGCUGAGGAAGUCGGUGAUAGAGCAGGUGCACGACGUGCCUAUUGCCACCUCGGCAGUGCUUAUGGAUACCUGGGUCACUACCAAAGAGCAAUAGAGUGCCACAAUCAACACCUCAGCAUUGCCAAGGAAGUUGGUAACAGGGCAUGUGAAGGCCAAGCCUAUUGCCAACUCGGCCAUAUUUAUAGUCGCCUCGACGAAAACCAAGGAGCAUUAGAGUACACCAAUAAAGGCCUCAUCAUCGCCAAGGAAGUUGGUGACAGGGCAGGUGAAGGAGAUGCCUAUGGCGAUCUCGGCCUUGCUUAUCACAGCCUUGAAGAAUUCCAACAAGCAAAAGAGUACCACAAUCAACACCUCAGGAUUGCCAAGGAAGUUGGUGACAGGGCAGGUGAAGGACGUGCCUAUGGCAAUCUCGGCCUUGUUUAUGGCAGGCUUGAAGAAUUCCAACGAGAAAUAGAGUACCUCAAUCAAACCCUCAUCAUUGCCAAGGAAGUUGAUAACAGCGCAAUGGAAGGCAAAGCCUAUGGCAAUCUCGGCGCUACUUAUGACAGCCUUAAAGAAUUCCAACGAGCAAUAGAGUACUACAAUCAAACCCUCAUCAUUGCCAAGAAAGUUGGUGACAGGGCAAUGGAAGGCAAAGCCUAUUACAAUCUCGGCGUUACUUAUCACAACCUUAAUGAAUUCGAAAGAGCAAUAGAGUACAAGAAUAAAUACCUCAUCAUUGCCGAGGAAGUUGGUGACAGGGCAGGGCAACGGAAAGCCUAUAGUAAUCUCGGUGGUGUUUAUUACAAACUUAAUGAAUUCCAAAGAGCAAUAGAGUACACCAAUAAAAGCCUCAUCAUUGCCGAGGAAGAUGGUGACAGGGCAGGGCAACGGAAAGGCUAUGGCACUCUCGGCAAUAUUUAUCUCAUUCUCGGCGAAAACCAACGAGCAAUAGAGUACACCAAUAAAUGCGUCAUCAUUGCCAGGGAAGAUGGUAACAGGGCAUCGGAAGGCGAAGCCUAUUCUAAUCUCGGCGCUAUUUAUCGCCACCUUCAAGAAUUCCCACGAGCAAUGGAGUGCCACAAGAAACACCUGAGCAUUGCCAAGGAAGUCGGUGACAGAAAAGAAAAAGGACAUGCCUAUUUAAGCAUCGGCGAAGUUCAUAAAUCCCUCGGCGACGUGCCACGAGCAAUCGAGUACUUCAAGCAAUGCCUGAACAAUGCCGAGGAAAUCGGUGACAGGAAAGGACAAGGACGUGCCUAUUGCCGCCUCGGACUUUGUUAUUUAGAUCUCCACGACUUGAAGGAAGCAAUAGAGUGUUACACGCAACACCUGAGCAUCUCCCAGGAAAUCGGUAACAGGAUGAUAGAAGCAUGUGCACAUAGAGGUCUGGGUCACUCUUUGUUGAAAUCACAUUCUUUGAAUGAGGCUUUAGAACAUUUUAGAUGCAGUGUUAAAAUCUUCGACACUAUUAGAGCCAAUUCUAUCUCGGAAGAUCAAUUGAAAAUAAGUUUCUGUACGAGUCAUCAUUGUGUCUAUACUCAUUUAUGGCAAGUUUUAGUAAUGCUUCAAAGGAAUGAUGAGGCUUUAUACGCUGCUGAGAGGGGACGAGCACAGUCUUUGCUCGAUGCCUUGAAAGUAACUUAUGGCCUUACAUCACGUUCUCCCAGGUCAAUUGAAUCUGAAGAAGAAGUCAAAUAUCUUUCAAUGAACACAGCUGUUUUAACGGUUUUUCUUGCCCUGGAAUUGAAAACAGUCAAUAUGUGGGUAUUGCGAAAAGAGGGCAACCCUAUUUUUAGGAAAGCGGAGUUUGAAAUUGGAGGUGCACACGAAGAUUCUUUUGCUCUCCUUUUAGACUCUGCUUUAAAAAAAAUGAGGGCUGGCGUCGGUAUUAGGUGCGAAAAUCGGUCAAUGGAUCAGCUGAGUGACGACCCAACUUCAGCUACUCCAGACGAUGAUCAAAUAUCGAAGCCAUUACGGGGAACCACCGACUGUUUACAGCCAUUAUAUGAUGCAGUUAUUGGUCCCAUUGAAGAUUUGCUCCAUGGUGAUGAAUUAAUUGUAGUCCCUGACAGCGCUUUGUCUAAAGCUCCUUGGGCAGCCCUGAGUGAAACGUUAAGGAUCCGCACUGCUCCCUCACUGACAAGUUUGAAACUCAUCACCGAUUCUCCAUCUGGACACCACAGUAAAAGUGGCGCCUUACUUGUCGGAGAUCCAUGUUUGGAGAGAGUUACAAAUAAAUGGGGGAACCCCAUUUAUGAUCCUCUGAAGUACGCAAGAAUGGAAGUGGAGAUGAUUGGAGAAAUUUUAAAGAGUCAACCUUUAACAGGUGAAGAUGCAACCAAAGAAGCGGUACUUCAGAGAAUCGGGUCAGUUGCUUUGGUACACAUUGCAGCCCACGGAAGAAAGGAAACCGGAGAAAUUGUUUUGGCUCCAGACCCCCGAUGGGAAUCCAGGCCUCCUUCGGAGGAGGACUGUAUUAUGAAAAUGUCUGACAUACAAGCUGUGAAGCUGAGAGCAAGGCUAAUUGUGCUUAGUUGCUGCCACAGUGGUGAAGGAAAGGUCUCGUCUGAGGGUGUGGUCGGUAUGGCACGUGCUUUCUUGUUUGCUGGUGCUCGUUCCGUGCUGGCGACACUCUGGGCAAUUGAUGACGAAGCCACAAUGAUGUUUAUGAAGUCUUUCUACGAACAACUUGGAAGUGGAGAAAGUGCAAGUGUUGCUCUUCAGAGGGCCAUGAAAUGUCUUCGAGACUCCCAGGAUUAUUCUGCUCCAAAGUACUGGGCUCCUUUUGUUCUGAUGGGCGAUGACGUUAAGAUUGAAUUGGAAAAAGGUCAUUGAGCAAGUCGUAAGUGGAGAUUUUUUUUUCUUGCUGCUCUAGUAACAGAGGGCGUAAAAAGAAAAGCCAGAACCAUUCUUGUCAAAUUCAGAUAAGAGGAAAAUGACAGACUUGAUAGUAAAAAGAAUAAAAAAUGUACAUAGUAAGGAUGGGUAGGGUGGUAAGUGUUAAAUUACUAUGGAUUCACUCAAGUAAAUGCUAUUCCUAACCGGCUACCAACACAUUUCAAAAAUCAAUUGAACACUAGACAUUCCUUAAUGUUCUCAAUUGUUAAUAGUUUAGGUCAGGUGUGGAUAAAAGAUAUACAUAGGGAAUAAGUUUCCUUCGUUUUUCUACAGGACUAGCACUAUAUGUAGAGAAAUUCAUAGCUUCAAAACGAACAGAUAUGCCUAACAUGUUAAAUGUUUUUCAUUUUGCUAUUUUUCAUAUCAUCAUCCAUGGCAUCCUAAAAUUUAACGCUUUAAUUUUCAUUGAAAUGAAAGAUUAAUUAAUGUAUCAAUUGUUACUUUCUUUACAGGGAUGCACUGAAAGUUUGAUGUCAACACAACUGCUGAAGUAGCGU